AAGAGGGUAGCUUUUAAAGAACGUCAAUGAUAAUCACUUUACUUUAUCCUACACGUCAAUUUCUAUUCCGAUUCCUAUUCUAUGUAUGUUGUUCUAUUCUUAAGUCUAUAACAUCGCAUCGCAAGCGCAGUACCACUCAGGUGGUGAAAAAGAAAGGGUUGAUUGGAAAUAAUCGUUCUUUUUCGUUCAGUUGCAAUACAUAAAUAGUAAAUAGUGAGACGAGGUUGCAUUGAGAAUUGCAAUCUAAUUCAUUGUGACAAUUGUCAAAAAUAGUAAAAAAAAAACUCGUAAUUCCACACUUGUUCAUUUGUAGUGCGUAGGAAGUAUACGAAUUUCAUAAAAAAAAUAAAACCACAUAUGUUAUAAACAAUCAUCUACUAUAACCAACUAGUUUAUCGCACCAAUAAAUGUAAAUAUAUAUAAGUAACAUUUAUUGAGAAUCAAUCAUUCGCGACAUACAUGCCACGUAAACGAAGAAAAAAGCCAGAUACAUGAAAGUAUGAUGACAGAAAUACACAAAUUAAAACGAUAAAGCGAUCAAUUUAUUGAGCUUCUGGUUUUAUAGUUAAAGUGUAUAAACAAUGGCACCCACUAAAGACAAAUGGGUGAGGCGUUUUAUUAUUCCAGAAACGACACGGCAUAAGAAAGGCUUUACUAUUUACAAAGUCACGUCUGUGGUAUUUUUGAAAAGCUCUCAUGAAGAAAUUUCUAAAGUAUCUGUAUGGAAACGUUAUAAUGACUUUAAGAAACUCCACUCAGAAUUAAAUGUAUUAUACUCGCAAUCGCGAAUUAAGGAAAACUUUCCAUCAUUUCCAAAGCCAAAAUUUUUUGGCAGAUUUGAAGCUGAAGUUAUUGAAGAGAGAAGGGAAUGUGCAUUAAAGUUUCUAGAAUUUAUAGGCAGGCAUUCGUAUUUAUACUCUAGUGACAUUUUCAUAAAGUUCUUUGAAUCUAGUCAUGCAGAUUAUUAUUUAAAUGAUUGCUCUCAAUCUCUUAGUUCUGAUACAUCUGCAGAGGAGGAUCGUCAUACUUACAUAAAUUCUCUGCCAAAUAAUGUUUCUCAAAGUAUUCUUCAACCUAAAGGUAUUCAAACUUCAUUGACAAAUUUAUCUACUACUAAAAAUGAAGUAAAGCAGUCUCAAGAAGCAUCUGAAUCCAAAGAGCAAAUUUUAUCACAAAAUGAUUUAAGUCAUGAAACUGAAAAUAAAAAAGUAUCUAUGACAAAAAGCAAGUAUAAUAAAUUGCUAAUAGAAGAUAAUGAUCACAGUAAAAUUGUCUCUGAAUUAGGAGAUAAUCAAUUAAUUUGUAACAAAAAUAACAAUUGCUAUAAAGAUAAAAAUUAUAAUGUUAGGAGUAAUUCUGCAAUUGUACAAACAUCAGACACUAAUAUAAAUACUGAUACUACUAGUAACGAUUUAAACACUUCAAUAAAUACUCAUGAAGAUUCCGAUCUGCCACAAUCAUGGACAGAUUCACCACAAUAUAUUUUAGUUGCAUCUGCACAUAUGAGUGCAGCUGUCAAGCAUGAAGACCUUGCAGAGUAUGAAGAAGCAUUUACUCAAUAUAAAAUGGGAAUCUCUAGUCUUCGAUCUGGUGUUGAAUCUGAUACAAAUAAAAAAAGGGCAGAAAAAAUUAAAGAAAAGAUAUCAAAAUAUUUAGACCAUGCUGAGAAGCUUUAUAAUAGAUAUCUAAAUUGUAAUAUUUCAGUGUUAAAUAAACCUAUAUCAGAACUUCAAUAUUACAAAGUAUUGAAAAUAAUAGAGUCAGUAAUGCUUGUAAAGGAUAUUCGUCAAAACUGCUUCAACAUUGUAAAAGCCAUAGAAAAGUUAUCUUCAAAUAAAGAAAGUAUAAAUAAUUAUAUAUUACGUGGUGAAAUACCAUACAUGGUCCGUUUACAUGCAUGUGUUGAAACAGAAACAAGUGUAUUCCUGAUCCUACAACAUCUGAGCCAUGGAAGAUUGUGGGAUUUUAUAACAUCACAUUACAAUCCCAAUAAUAAUAAAAAUUGUGAUAAAAAAACUGCAAAAAAUGAUACUGAAAAAACAAUCGAUGUUAGUGAUAUUACUUUAAGGAAAAAUGAUGUAAAUGAAACUGAAAGCACUAUACUCAAGGAAAAUGUAAACCUUAUAAGUACAAAUACCAAAGUACAAAUGGAGAUACAUCCGAUUACAGUAGAAGAAAAUUACGAAAAAUAUACCGAUGUAUCUACUACGCAAUUAUUAGAGAAGGCACAAAUACUGUUACAAUCGGUUAAUGCAACUUUAAAGGAAAGUAAUUCGGUUGUUAAUCGUUUAUGUGAAUCGGACUGCUUCAUAAAUCAUGAGAAUAGUACUUCGUUAUUAAAUUUUAAAAACAGUAUAUACCAAUCAAAAAGUUGCAAUGAAGUAUCAGUAGAUAUUAAUGAUAUAUCAUUAAAAAUUGACGGCAUGAAUGAAUCCAUUAUAAACGAAAAAAUACCUGAGAGAAAUGUGAUAACUUCUAAUUACUUGUCACAAAAUAAUAGCAGUGCUAGUUCAUCGUUAAAAAAUAGUUACAAAAAUCUUCAUUUUGAAAGAAAAAAGUCAACAAGUUCUUUAGAUAGUACAUAUUUUGCAGUAGAGAAUAAAAAUGAUAAUAUUCAAAAAAAAUACGAAUUGAAUAAAUUAAUAGAAAUUAAUAAUCAACUAGAAACGAAUACCUAUUGCAUAUCAAAUAAUCAGCAAAUUCAAAGGAAUGUACUUCUAACGGAAUCAACAAAAAACAGUAAUGUAGACACUGAACAGGUACUUUGGACAAUACCAGAAAAUGUAAUUCGUCUUUGGUCUGCUGAAAUACUUUUAGCGCUAGAAGCAUUACAUCAGCAAGAAGUUCUUGUGUUUGACUUAAAACCUGAUAAUAUAUUGCUUGAUGAUAAUGAGCACGUACAGUUAACAUAUGUUGUACCUCGUCACGAUAUAGAUUUAUUAAAAUACAAAUAUCCAUACUCAUCUCCCGAAUUAUGCACGUUUUCACCUAUGAUUCCUCUUACAUCCGCUACGGAUAUUUGGAGUUUUGGUGUUAUAUUAUAUGAAUUAAUAGUUGGCAAUAAAUUUCAAGCAAAGCACCCUGGUCUAUUUCAGUCACAUUCCAUACUUAACAUUCCUAGCAAGCUUUCUGAAAAUGCGAAGUCUUUGCUUCUUAAUAUUCUAAAAUAUGAACCAAACGAAAGGAUGACAAUACCUGAGAUAAAACAACAUCCGUUCUUCAAAGAUAUUAAUUGGUCAAGUUUGACACUGUUGACAUUCCAUCAAUAAAUCUAGUUGUAAAUAUUACAUUAGCAUUGUUAAACAUUCCAUCCUUUAAUGACACAACAAUAAAUUGUGAAUGUUUAAAGUGUUUUUUUAACAUUAUACCAAUAUUCUCCGUAUGA